CCAAUAGUCCAAUACUUUACCCUUUGAACGGGCAAGGUGAUCAUCCGCAUUUUGCCGUCAUAGUCCAGCCACUCCGCCGGAAACGAUGGGUAAUUAGCCACAAAGUCUUCUUUACAUUAACUGAUCGCUGCGCUAGUACUGCAAAUGAGAAGCUAGAAGCGCGUAUAUGUAUGCAUAUAUGGAAACUCCUAAAGGGCAUCAUCUUGAUUUUCAGAAAAAUCCCUCAUUUGCCUCUUCUUCCCUGAGAGAUGUCACUUAUAGUCAUUUUUGUUCAAACAGUUGCGGGUGUUGUGGAUAUGAGUUAAAUCUUUGCUCUUCUAGUCGCAAUACCUCUACCAUUGGUUCCAAGUACAACAAAUGCAUCAAGAAAGGGAUCAUAUCUUUCUUAUACAUUGACGAAAGCAGAUUUACGCAGGUUAAAGAAGUGCGAUGUAUGCCCUACUUCGUUUCCAAGCACUCCUGGGGUUUCUUCCCAAGGAGGACAAAACUUUUGUGUCGAAAAUGUGGCAACCAUGUUGGAACUGCUUACGAUAAUGAUGUUGCUUACCCGCUUGUAGCUGAUGAAUUAGACUCCACAAUUCCAGAUGAAACCGCAACGCAUAGAAGGUAUGAUAUAAAAAUUCGCUCAUUGCAACCUUCUUCGGAAGAUCCCCGAACCCCUGCUGUCAUAUGAUGUAACAUACACAGAAUGCCAUUUAUUCUUCAGUGCAGAUAAUCUGUGGUGUGCUGUGAUGUGUAGAUAGCAUUUGUAGACAGAAACUUUUAUUGUAAGCAAUUUUUGUUAGUGGGUGCUUGUAAGUUGUUAAAUAACAGAUACUUGUAUGAUUUGUUCAGGAAAUAGGCCGCCCUGUUGUUAUGUUAUCUCAAUAGAGGACAACAAAGACAAUUUAGUUUGAUUUGUAUCAAUGCACAACAUGUUUGUUUGUUCCACUUCAA